CACUUUUCUCUUUCCAGUUUCCCUCUUCUUCCUUUAUAACCCCACUCCCUUCUCCUUCUUCUCUCAAUUCCACUCUCUUCUUCCUUCUUCCCUCCAUUUCCAUGCCCAUUUCACACCUCUCUCACCUUCAAUCAUGGAGUUUCUCACUCUAAUCCAAGAGCUUAACCAAGGCAAACAACUCGCUAAUCAACUCCGCAAUCAUCUUCAUCCUUCUUCUUCUUCUUCUUCUUCUUCCUCCGAUGGCAUUCUCUUAAUCGAUAAGAUUCUUCAUUCUUACGAGAACGCGCUUUUGGCCCUCGCCGGUGGUGGCGCCGCCGCCGCCUCCGUGAAAUCCGCCCUUGCUCCUCUGAAUGACAGGGGUGUGUCCAAGAAGAGAAAGGUAAUGGUGAAAUGGAGUGAGCAGGUUAAGGUUUCUUCUGACUCUGCCAUCGAUGGUCCUCGUUGUGAUGGAUUCAGCUGGAGAAAGUAUGGCCAAAAGGAUAUUCUUGGAUCUAAAUUCCCCAGAGGCUAUUUUAGAUGCUCCCAUCGCUUUACACAAGGAUGUUUAGCAACAAAACAAGUUCAAAAAUCAGACGAUGAUCCAACAAUUUAUGAUGUAACCUAUAAAGGAAGACACACUUGCAACAAAGCCCUUCAUUCAAACACACCACAAGAAGACCCAAACUCAUUACUUCAACACCCAAUGCCACCAAAACAAGAACAAAAGCCAUUGCAGCAGCUACAUGAUCCUUCAAGCUUUACAUUCAGCUCCGACGCCAUUCGGGUAAAAUCUGAGAACUUAGACGAUGUCGACGGUGGCCUCUUUCAACAAUUUUGUGACCUGUCCCCAAUGUUUGGAUCUGAAGUUCAAGACGAUCAAAGCCCUUUUAGGGAAAGUGAGUUGUCUCCGACGUUUGAAUCGAAUGAUAUGUUCGGAUUCUGUUGUGAUUUCGAAACCGGGUUCAUCUCGAUUCCUAAUUCAGUGACUAAUAUUUCCAUUGGAGACUUGGAGGAGUAUUUUAGUUUUGAUAACCUGGAUGUGUUCUGUUGAAAUUGUUUCCUCACCUUCCACACAAAAGGGAAAGGAAAGAAAAGAUUGUGUAUUAGUUAAUAAGUCAGCAUUGAAAGAGAGAUGUUGGAUAAAUCAAGGCCUCCUACAUUGCUGGUUAGAGAUUUCUUUUUUUCUCUUUUUCUCUUCUUCUCUAUAUCUCUCUGUUUUUUUCCUUUUUUUUUUUUUUUGGAUCCUAUGAGAGGCCAAAUUUUCAGUGUAAUUAUUGAUCUUACUGUAGGAGAAAAGAGGAAUCUUGCAAGUUUCUUACCUCUAGCGUAUUUGAAUUAGUGAAGAAUAAGAUUGGAUUUAGAUAUUAAAUAUUAAUGUAUCAUAUUUGUAAGGUGGGAGGCUCGAACCCCACUUUUUGUUCUCAGAGUACAUGUAUUAUAUCCGUUAAUUAUAUUCAUAUUGACACCAAAUUUACCUUCGA